AAAAGUAAUUUAUCAUGUUAACCUGAUAUUAUUAAAAUUAUUUUUUCAGUAUUAGAUUUUCAUACUGUAGCAGUAAUAAUCAUCAUUAAAAAUGGGUUACUAUUUUUGUUCUAGAAUAUUCCUUUGUUUUAUGUGCGUAAUUACCUCACCCAUAUUUUCAGCUGGAAUGCCAAACUCAAACAAAAAAACUAAUAACAAUGAAUCUAAUCAAAAUCAUGGACCAGCAAAAGAUUUAGAAAUUGAUUCAUCCAAUUCUUCAGAUGAGAAUGAUGAACUAUCAAAAAGUUUAGUACGCGAAAUCUUAAAAGUUUCAAAUGAGGAAUUGUAUCCUUUAACAUUUUAUGGCACACAACUAAUUUUUGUUAAUUUUGAGGAACAUGCUGAUGAAAAUGACGAAAUUAGUAUUUUAAAAGUGAAAGAAAUUAUAAAAGAAUCAAAAGCUACUAAUUUUGAAAGAAUCAUUCUGAAUUUAGAUUUAAAUGAUGCUGUAAUGAUUAAUCUCUUACGUGUUGUUAAGAUUAUAUUUAAUGAAAUGAUAAUUCAUGAAGGAGCCUUUUAUGAACAAUUACGCAAGGAAGAUAAAAAUAAUAAUGGCACCGUUUGCGUUGAGUAUGCAAAAGAUAUUAUUUUGAAUUGCGAAUUGUUUAAUGGCAAAUUAAAAGGCGAUCGCUAUAAAUGGCUACUCGGAAAGUAUACAAACGACCAAAAUCAAUUCAAAUACGAAGAGAUGAAGAAUAACGUAUUAGACGAUAUUGAGGCAGAUAAAUCGAAAAUUUAUUCUUAUAAUUAUAAGAAAAAAAAGUGGGUGCGUAAAUACAAAUUUACUUCUACUCAUUGUUUAUAAAAAUUCAGUAAAAUUUCAUUGUUAAUAUUUGUUCUAUAAUAUAUUUGUUUUAAAUGUUUAAAUUAAUUUUCAUAAAUUUGUAAUAUUCAGAAAAAAUAUGUACCUUAUUGAUUGUGGUUUAUUAUCACAACUCUAUGACAAAUGGUAAUAGAAAUACAUAAUCAAACAUAUUAUGAUUUUAAAAACAGAACUCCAAAAUACAUUUAUAGAAAAUUAGCGAAAUAAAGUUGACAAUUCUUUGCUAUUUAAUUCUUAAUUAAAAUUUGACACAAAACUCCCUUUUCAUCGUAAUAUUUACAUUGAUGAUAUUAUUACUUAUCUUAAUCUUUAUGUUUCAUUUAUGAAAGUAUAAAAUCGGAAAAAUUAAUAUGUUUGUGUAUUAUUUAUUUAAAUAUAUUGUUUGUUAAGUAAA